AUGGACUUUGAGGUUGCUUCCCCCGAUGCAUUUGAGAUUUCCGGCAAGACCCAAGAGAAGACAACGGCCAUUCACGCCGGUAAACAUGAUAUCGCAGCUGGGACCAGUCUGUAUGACCUGGCAACGGGGCUGCAAUAUGGGUUAGGGACGGGAUCAAAGCAGCUUGUCAAGUUUUUGACGGAGCAUAUCAAGCUCAUCCACAGCCCGCCCUACCGAAAUUGGCAAACCAUACUCAGCGCCGGCAACACAUCCGCUUUUGAUAUUGUGCUACGCAUGCUCGGUCAGACCGGCGAGUAUCUGCUCGUUGAGCAAUACACUUACACGACAGUGUUUGAGACGGGGCUCCCACUUGGGUUGAAGUUCGCUCAGGUACGCAUGGACCAACAUGGUAUGCUUUCUGACGACCUUGAUGACAUUCUUUCAACUUGGAAUGAGAUAGUUCGUGACGGCAAGAAACCCCGUCUGCUGUAUACCAUCCCAACGGGUCAUAACCCCACAGGCACGACGAAGCCUCUGUCUCGGCGACGAGAAAUUUAUCGUGUAGCCCAAAAACACGAUUUAUUCAUCAUCGAGGAUGACCCCUACUACUUCAUUCAGAUGCCCGCCUACCAGGUCGGGGCUAUCGCAACUACUAGCCUCGUCACUUCGGUAGGGGAAUACGCGAAGACCUUAAUUCCCAGCUAUCUCCGCCUAGACACAGACGGUCGCGUUCUUCGAAUGGACUCGGUUUCGAAGAUCAUCGCACCGGGCGCUCGCAUGGGGUGGGUGACUGCCUCGGAGCAGAUCAUUGAGCGGAUGAUUCGUGCGCACGAGGUCUCAAUCCAGAAUCCGAGUGGAUUCUCACAGAUUGCUAUCUUCAAGCUGCUGCAUGAUAGCUGGGGGCAUCUGGGAUUUGUGAAGUGGCUAGCUCAUCUCCGGGAUGAGUAUACGAAGCGGCGAGAUGCUUUAUUACAGGCUUGUGAUGCUUUUUUACCAUGUGAGGUUGCCAGCUGGAUGCCACCCACCAGUGGAAUUUUUGUAUGUGGAACUUCCCCCAAUUUUGUAGCUCGUCCUUUCGACUUUAAGUAUUUGUGGAGCGGGCUCCGGUUCUGA